AAAACCCUGUGCCACGCUCAGCAGCUACCUAUCGGCGGAAUGAGCGCCUACCAUUCCCUCCAGCGGCAGAAGUCUUGCAGUGGCCGUCGAAUCGAAUCGACCAUGAAAUCGCCAGUGUUCCCCUCGCGCGGCGGCAAGAGGUCAUUCACACGGGCUCAUGCUCACCUGUCCCAGGAAGCGUGCACCGGUCCCUCGAACCCCUGCAGGGUCGGCUGCCUUGCGCCGUGACUCUGCUUCGCCCACUAGGUAGCUCCCCACAAAAAUCAGUGUUCAGCUGUCGGCCUGUGGUCCCAGCCCAGUGCCCCAGGUUGCUUGCCCGUGCUCAUCUUUCCCCCCAUCUGGGCUUCUUCACCUGCUGGAACCGAAUCGAACAGGACGCUAAAAAGUGACCCGCAAAAGAGAGGCUGACAGGCACGACAGUCCAAGCAGUCGCCAUCGCCCCCAGAGAGCUCACGCUCGCUGCCUUGCAGUUCCCGGCCCUUCCCUCCUCCACCCGCUCCCGCCCGCUUCGGUGACUUGUGCACGCCAGGCAGCAUCAUCAUCGAUCCCUUCGUGCUGGCGUCUGUCCACCUUCGUGAAACGACAACCGUGCUUUGAUCCCGCCAGCUUUUAAGGCUUGCCUUCGCCUGUGGUCACUGAGGCGAUGGCACCUCGUAACGAGAAGAGCCAAUUGAAGCGGCCGCUCGGUUCGCUUCCCGAGGACGGGACCGAGUCUAAAAAGCCCCGCCGCUCCGAUCGUUUGUCCCAAGCCGCCCAAGACAAGACUCCCGUCGUGCAUAAGCAACAGCUUCCCACGCCCGUGACGCACGCCGCAAACGACCCAUCUGAUGAGUUAGACAAGGAGCCGACAGCGACGCCGCCGGGCACCAGAACGGAAACUGUGACGCCGCGCAAGACAGACGAGGCAUGGGGCCAGAGCCAGGCCCUCUCGUCGCCGCCUCAGGACACCCAACCGCUCAGCCAAUACGUCGAUCGCCAUCCAGCUCUCUCGGACGAAGUCGAGGACGAAGCAAAGGAGGGUGUUUGGGGGUACCUCGUCCCUCUCGACCCCAAGUAUGGAGACAAGCCGAUAGUGUUGAAGAAGCGGAGUGCGUGCCCGCUCCCAGACUCCAUCGCAGCCGCUGCGAACGGUGAAGCAUCGACAAAGGACAACCGACCAGCCGCGAUCAAGGAGGAGGAGGCAUACGAGCGAACAAAAGUCAAGGGGGUCGCGUCAGGAGGAUACUUGAUAGGCCGGCACCCCGAGUGUGAUAUUGUUGUCAGCGAGGGCGUCGUGUCCAACCGGCAUUGUUUGGUUUUCACCGAGAACAAAGGCACAGACACUGUGGCGAUUGUUGAAGAUCUGUCCAGCAACGGCACAUAUGUCAACGAAGCAAUCGUCGGACGGAAUCAGCGUCGCGAGCUAGAGGAUCAAGAUGAAAUCGCGGUUCACGGCAAGGCCAGAUUCGUGUUCAGGUAUCCUCAAAGCCGACAGACUAGCGCUUUUCUGCAACAGUACACACUGCUGGAGAAGCUGGGCAAAGGCCAUUUCGCCGAAGUCUACCUCUGUGUGGAGAAAUCGAGCGGACAGAGAUACGCCGUCAAAAUCUUCACGAAGCAUCCCGGUAUGGAAGAUCGAUCGAAGACCGAGGGUUUACAGCAGGAGAUUGGAGUUUUGAUGGGCGUCAGCCACCCGAAUGUGCUUUGCCUCAAGGACACGUUCAAUGAGCGCGACCGAGUGUAUCUUGUGCUGGAGCUGGCACCGGAAGGCGAGCUAUUCAACUUCAUCGUCAUGAAGCAGAAGCUCAGCGAGGACGAGUCGCGCAAGCUCUUCAAGCAGCUCUUUCAAGGGAUCAAAUACCUGCAUGAGCGCAACAUUGUUCAUCGGGAUAUUAAGCCCGAGAAUAUUCUCAUGGUCGACAAGAACUUACACGUCAAGCUGGCCGACUUUGGCUUGGCUAAGAUCAUUGGUGAGGAAUCAUUUACGACGACCCUAUGCGGCACACCGAGCUACGUGGCACCCGAGAUCCUCGCCGACUCCAAACAACGGAAGUACACAAAGGCGGUCGACGUGUGGUCCUUGGGCGUUGUGCUCUACAUUUGUCUUUGUGGCUUCCCCCCAUUCUCAGACGAGCUCUAUUCGAGGGACUUUCCCUUUACGCUCUCCCAACAAAUAAAAAGCGGUCGCUUCGACUACCCGUCCCCAUACUGGGAUUCUGUUGGAGACCCAGCCCUUGAUCUCAUCGACUCAAUGCUGGUCGUUGAUCCCGAGAAGAGAUUCACUAUUGAUCAGUGUCUGGCACACCCAUGGCUUACCCAGAGCGCGCCUGGCGUUAAUGACAGCACCGGCGGACUUGUCGGUGGUAUUGCUGGACUUGAAGUCAACCGUCGGGCACCUGUGCGGGAGCGCACCCUGCUUGCGUCACUCAACUCCGUGCAGGUUACGGCUCAGGUUCCCGUCGGAGACGAUCGCUCGCCCGUGAAGGUGUUCUCAAAAAAUAAGCAUCGCAUCACCAACGCGGCCAAAGAGACGGCUCCUGAUAGUCAGAGAGCAGCUGGUGAGUUCAUGGAGAUGGGAGGGAAGGGCGAUCAACAACUCUAUCCGGACGAAAGCGCGAGCAUUUAUCCGGUUGGGGAUGCUGCCGCCCAAAAAAGCAAGAAGAAAGGCAAGAACGCCGGUCGAUAGGUGCUGUGCUGGCGGUGAAAUGUCGUGGGAGUGAGACUUCUCACUUGGUAUCGCUGUUCUUACGGCAUCCUUUGUGCGCUCUGCGCUAUGAUCAAUUCUCUGCUCUUCGGCGGUACAUUGAUAUUGGGGCAUCGAGGCAACGGUUUGGGCAUUCAAGACACGACUGUCUUACGCUCUGGGAUUCUUCGUUGCAUCGAUAAGACGGUGGUGUUUUUAGUUUUCGAAUGGCGUGGAGUUGCUGUUUACACAAAUCAGGGGGCAGAGGCAUGCACACAUUAGGGGCUAGCCUUCGUCUUGAGAAGGAACAUGGUUGGCAGCAUUGGCAGUAAUAUACAAAGGAUCAAGGUUGGAUGCAU